GAGCGCGGACGAAACAAAUAAAAGACGGUGGUCGGUACACAGUGCUCCAUAGGCUACAUGUUGAAAAACAAAGCGUUAGCGAAAAAAGGAAACUAAAUACUAUUUCUUAAUAAAUAGUAGAGUCAAAAAAGGAACAACUUUAAAAGGAUUAGAGUAAAAGGGAAAUAGGUGAAAAACAUUAAAAAUACAGCAAAAUAUUUGUAGAGAGAUUUGGUCACAGCACGCGGCAUUAUUGAAGAAGCUGUUAGAAAGGAGCAAAUGCUUUAGGUUAUCCAAUAAUUUUGGCUUGAGUACGAAAAGAACAACAACUUAAUUUAUAAACAAAAAUGGCACUGAAUGCUGAGGAUAUUGUUGAAAUCAAGAAGACCUGGGCCAUUCCCGUCGCCACACCAACCGAUUCCGGCGCAGCGAUUCUCAUCAGAUUCUUCACAAAAUAUCCGUCCAAUUUGGAAAAAUUUCCAUUCCGCGACAUUCCAGUGACGGAAUUACAUAACAGCGCACGCUUCCGCGCCCACUGUGGCCGUAUUAUCAAGACUUUUGAUCAGUCAAUCAGCCAACUGGAGGCAGAAGGUGGUCUGGAAAAGAUACAAGAAAUAUGGGAAGGUUUGGCAAAAUCACAUGUGGAACGUCACAAUAUUGCCAAGCCUUCAUACCUU